AUGACAUCAAACAUUGCAGAGUCAUUGAAUGCGGUAACAAAAGAUACAAUAGAGCUACCCAUAGUAGAACUAUUAGAGUACAUAAGGACUCUUCUUAAACGUUGGACUAAUGAAAAGUUAUUGAAAGCAAAUGGUACAUUCACAUACCUUGGGAAAAAAUACAACAAAGAUUUAGAGGACAACAGGACAUUAUCGCAGAAGCUGAGAGUGAGGGCUUCAACAGAUUACAUCCAUAGAGUGAUAGAUGUCAUGAAGCGCUAUAUAGUUUGUCUUCAAAACAAGAGAUGUAGUUGUGGACAAUUUCAGUUUGAUGAACUUCCUUGUGCACAUGCUUUGGCUGCUUUAAGGCACGAGAAUGAAUCUUAUGAAAACUAUUGUUCUCCUUAUUAUACGAGGGAGAGCCUCUUGCAUACUUAUGAAAUACCAGUAGACCCGCUGCCUGAUGAAAGCAAAUGA